AUGUCAGAUAUAGAUCCCAUUUUGCAUAGGGGAUAUGAAUUUUAUAUUAACAAUCCAAAUCUACCACCACAACCAAAUUUUGAUAAUUUUGAAGGUCAAGAAGUAAGAUUUGAAGAUAUAGAAAAUCAUGAAACUCAAGAAUCAGAAGUUGCAUUAUCCUCAGAUCAUUUACAAUCCAGUCAAGUUGAAGAUGAACUUAAAUGGAAUAACCCCAGAAAAGCGAAAACUUUUGAUAUAAAAAAUAUUGGUAAGAAGACCUUGGAUCAUGAAGAUUUUCAACAGUUUGAUAUCCCUCCAAUUAGUGCUUUCCCGGAUCUGGAAGACAAAGAUCAAAUACCUUAUGUGGAAAACAAUGAUAAUUAUUUGGAAUUUAAAAGAGAACAAAUUAGAAACAAAACUUGUCCUUCCACUUGGUUAUAUUCAUCUUCAAGAGAUCCUGUAUUUGAUGGAAAAAAUUGGAGUCACCCUCCAAAUGAAGAUUCUCCCUCCAGAGAAACUCCAUUGUUGAUCAAAUACCAAAAAGAAAAAGAUCCAAAGGGUAAAGAUAAAAAUGAUUCAGGAGUUCCCAUCCACCUUCAAUGUUUUACCGAAUUUGGUUUUAAGCGUUUUGGACAAAUUGACUACAAAAUGGACAGAAUCCAGUUUCCUGAUUUAAAUACUGGUCAAUUUAUAACUGAUUACACAAAAAAAGUUGAAUUUUCCAGUUUUGGUGAUAAAUUGGUAAGAAAUUUAGAAGGAGUUACUUUACAAGCUGAUCAAACACUACCAUACAGGCCAUCAAACGGAAGAGAUUAUGGUGAAGUUAUUAUUGAAGUACCACCAAAUGCAGUUGAAGAAAGAAUAAGUGGGAGAAAUAAUGUAUACAAAAUUGAAAGAUUUAAAGCAUUACAUUCCGUACCCAGUGGAGUAGUUCCAGAUUUGUCAAGAGAAACAAUAGUCAACAUUAGAACCUAUUUACAACUAGUAUCAUUUGAUAGUUGGAUAUCAUUUUUACAAAUUUUGGGUUUUUUCGCAUCUGACGGAUGCGUUCAGAUGAAUGAAACAGGUCACGUAACAGGUGUUAGGUUUAAGCAACACAAACCAUCUGAUAUGGCGUAUUUAGAGAUGCAUCUAAUGAAAGUUGGACUUAAAUAUGAUGAUGAUUAUAAAUUCCGUACUGGUUUGGUUAAAUAUUCAUCUGAUCUGAAAGCUGUCAAAAAAUUUAUUGAAGCUAAUGAAAGAGUUAAUGAAGAACAAAUCGAAUUAAAGGAAGAAGAAGACAAAGGUGAAGUUAAAGAUGAAGUUAAAGAUGAAGAUAAAGAAUGGGUUGGUCCCAGAUUUUAUGAAAUUAGGAUUGUGAAAGACAAUUGGAAAAUUUGGUUUACAAAAUAUUUUGGAAGUAAAUACACCAAUUCUUUGACCAGAAUUGAAGAGGAUUUUGCCUAUUCCAAUAGUGCAAAGCCUAUAAGAUUUUUAGGUUGGAUGUUUCUGUUAUCAAGAAUAGAAUUAUAUUAUUUUUUAACAGGAUAUAAUUAUGGUGAUGGUAGAGGUGAAGUUGAGCUUCGUCUUACAGUUGGUCACGUUGAUGUUGCUAAUUUUUUGACAACGUUAAUUACUCGUUGUGGUUUGAAAACCAAUAUCAAAGUAGUUCUUAGACCAGACUUGUACACUCAGUUGGUUAAAGACCAAAUAAGAGUUGGUGUAAAAAUCAGAUCAACUUCAGAAUAUAGAUUGAUCAAAAGAGCUGAAUAUGAAGCAUUAGAUGAAGAAGAACAAAAAAAUUGGGUCCCCCAUUUACCUAAUGCAAAACCAUGUUAUGAAUUGAUGUGUAUUGAUGGUAUAAAAAGGAAUGCCGACGUGUAUCCUGGUGUUUUGAUUGCAGGAACUGAAUUAUAUGUUGAAAAAACACAAUUGGUCAAAGUGGAUUCACCUACAAAAUUAUUAUUUGUAAGACAUGAAUAUGAAAAUGGAGAUACAAGUAGAGGUUUUAUAAUUUCUUCACCAGAAUUUGAUUAUUAG